AUGCUAGCGCCGGUCAGAUGGUUGAACAGGGUCACACGAUCAGCGCAAUGCCUUUUAGGGCCGCGAGAAACUUGGCGCUCGCUUGCCAGCGUCAUCAACACGACAUCGCCUGCGCUGCGUGAAGAGGGAAUCCGGUUGCGCGAAUAUCAAGAAGAAUGCAUACAGUCGGUUCUGUCAUACCUUGACAAAGGACAUAAACGACUGGGGAUUUCGCUCGCUACAGGCAGCGGUAAGACGGUCAUUUUCACACAAUUGAUCAAUCGGAUCGAGCCACCGAACAAACAUGCUCAGCAGACGCUCAUCCUUGCUCACCGGCGAGAGCUGGUCGAGCAAGCAGCCCGUCAUUGCGCGAAGGCGUAUCCUGAGAAAAGCAUAGAUAUCGAGAUGGGCGAGACGCACGCUUCUGGGGCCGCAGAUAUAACGGUUGCCUCUGUGCGCAGCUUGUUGUCCGGAGACCGUCUCAGCAAAUACCGCCCGGACAGAUUCAAACUUGUGCUAGUCGACGAAGCGCAUCACAUCGUGGCGGCCGGGUACCUGCAAGUCCUCGAACACUUCGGGUUGGAAGAGAGGCGAGAAGACAGUCCAGCUCUGGUCGGAGUGUCCGCGACGUUUUCUCGCUUCGACGGCCUACGGCUGGGCACUGCGAUCGACCACAUCGUCUACCACAAGGAUUACGUGGAUAUGAUCGGAAAGAAAUGGUUGUCGGAUGUCAUGUUCACGACGGUCAAGUCCCAGGCCGACCUUUCAAGCGUCCGGUCGGGAAAAGACGGCGAUUUCCAACCAGGACAACUCUCAGCCGCCGUCAACAACGAGGUUACCAACGAAAUCACGGUGCAGGCAUGGAUGGAAGAAGCGAAAGAACGCAAGUCGACCCUCGUGUUUUGCGUUGAUAUCAAACAUGUUGAGAGCUUGACUUGGACGUUCCGCAAGCACGGAAUUGAUGCGCGAUACAUCACAGGGUCCACGAAGAAAAAGGUGCGAGGCGACCGACUCGAGGCCUUCAAGAACCGCGAGUUCCCCGUUCUGCUGAAUUGCGGCGUCUUCACCGAAGGAACCGACAUGCCCAAUAUUGAUUGUGUCCUUCUCGCCCGCCCAACGAAAUCUCGCAACUUGCUCGUCCAGAUGAUCGGCCGGGGAAUGCGCCUAUAUCCGGGAAAGUCAGACUGCCAUGUAAUCGACAUGGUGGCGUCUCUGGAAACCGGUAUCGUCACAGUCCCAACUCUAUUCGGGCUCGAUCCCUCUGAGACGGUCAAGGAGGCGCGUCCGGAUGACCUAAACGAGUUGAAAGAAAAGAAGGAGACAGGGCAGUUGACGGAGUCCAGUCAUGUGACUGCGUCCUCUUCUUCCGAAGCUGCUGUCCCGGACCAUCGUCUUGACUUUACACAUUAUGACACGGUUCAGGACCUGAUCGAGGAUACCUCAGGCGAACGACACGUACGCUCCAUGUCACCCAACGCCUGGGUUCAAGUGGACGCCCACAAAUACAUCCUCGCAGCCAGGGGUGGGGUGUUGACACUGGAACGCCGGGCGGCGUCCGCUUCUACACCAUCAGACACAGGGUCCAGCUCUGCACCAUCAAAUAUUUACUCCGUCAUAUGGAAACACAACCUCCCGUCAACGGAAGCGAGCAAAUCGCCCUGGUCGCGACCCCGGACGGUAGCUACAGCAGUCACACUCUCUGACGCUCUCCACGCCGCCGAUACCUUCGCUUCUACCAAGUUUGAACGGAUCUUCAUCGCGACGAGCUCGAAGUGGCGCAGAAGUCCCGCCUCUGAGGGCCAGCUGAACUUCCUCAAUCGUCUGCGAGAGGUCUCGGAAGAAGAUACAGUCCAGCGCCUGACGGAGGACGACAUCACCAAAGGCCAGGCCGGAGACAUGAUAACGAAGGUCAAAUUUGGUGCGCGCGGGCGUUUUGAUAAAUUGCAGAUCAAGACGAGGAAGCAAGAGAGGCAGCUGGAGAAAGCACGUAAAGUUAGAGAGAUGAGACAGCGGGAAACCGUCAAGGUUGGGCCGCUGGAGGCCUAG